CACCAAGAUAUUUUUGGCCAUUUCUAUUUUCUUUAGUUUUGCUUAAAUCAAGAUAGGCAACGUCCCUCAAACCCCAAGAAGUUCCUCGACCACCGUCAACAAUGGUGGUCCUCAGCUACUUCUCAGUGAACUGCGCAACCACACCCAUCUCUCAGGACUCUUCAACCCCAACUCCACCAAACCCUAGAGAGACCAAAGUCAUCCUCCCCAAAAAAAAGCCUCAAAAAUGGUCCACAGGCGUUGCUCCAGGCGAUUACGGUGGACCGCCGACCACUUCCAAGCUUCGGAAGUAUUGGGGUGGCGAAGAAGACCCUUUGACCUCUGAUGAUUUUAUAUGGAACAAGGACUUCAUGGGUCAUGAAAAAUUGAUUCAGGACCCUGAUUCGUCUUCGCUUCAACCACCUCCGGAUAAGGAAGAGUCUUCAGGCUUCCUAAGCAUUAGUAGAGUCAUGAGCCUUGACAGUUUGGAAGUUGAUUUGAGCAAAGAGCUUUCAGCACCUUCAAGAACUGUUUUAGAACAGCAAGUCGAGGCACCACCUCGAAGGGAUGGCAACACAUCACACAGAUGGAAAUUGGUACCAACACGGCGUGAACAAGAGAAGUGGGAUAGAGCGACUAAAGCUGCUACUGGAGGCAGUGAUGUGAUGUUUCGGGAAAUCAGGAAGCCUAGGGGGGACGCAAAAGUGUUGGCUGCUGAGUCAAGGGAGCAGUAUUUUAAGUUGAAAAAGAAGUUGCAAAUCUUCACAUUAGGUCUAGGUGGAGUUGGUUUGGUCUCAGCUUAUGUUUCUUAUUCUCCUGAAAUCGCUGCUAGCUUUGGUGCUGGAUUCAUUGGUUCUUUGGUGUACAUACGUAUGCUUGGAAGCAGUGUGGAUUCCAUGGCAGAUGGAGCCAAGGGCCUUAUGAAGGGGGCAAUUGCACAGCCAAGGCUGUUGGUUCCUGUUGCAUUGGUCAUGAUAUAUAAUCGGUGGAAUGAGAUUGUUGUUCCAGAAUUCGGAUUCAUGCACUUAGAAUUGAUACCAAUGCUUGUGGGAUUUUUUACAUAUAAGGUCGCCACUUUUGUCCAAGCUAUAGAGGAAGCACUGACUAUAGUUGGAAAAGAUACCCAAGUUAGAUGAAUCCUCUUGCUGCAUGUAUAAGCUGGAUUUUUCUACAGUGCUUCUGACAGCUUGUAGAGGUUGUUGCAUAAUUUGGUGGGAUUGUGCUGCUAGUUAGUGAAGGAUAUCAAGGGAUGUGUGGGUCGAAGAAAAAUGGAAACCAACUGUUAUUAUUGUUGUCAGUCUGGCAAUUCUUGUAUGACUGGAAGGUUGUUAAGGACCUUAAGGGAUUGAAAUUGUUGGUUAAUGCCUGAAAAAGGUGUUGUAAUUCCCAUCAUGUAUCAUUUAUGAAAUAAUGUGUGAUCAAUACAAUUUUGAACAUUGAUCGAAAUCAUGUCAAGCAUUUGGAGAUGUUUCUUUUUAA